AUGAAAAAUUUUCAAAAAAAAUCGAUUUCGAAAAUAUUAACUUACGAAAUUACGUUUAAAAAUAGAAUGAUCAUUACGGCUUUUGAGUCAAUUGCAAUUGGUUGGCGAUAUUUAGACGAUAGGCUUACAUCUCUGGUGAUCUAAGUUCAGGUAACUCGCUCUUCCAUAACCACUCAUGCUCGCCGCUGUCUUAACUUCUCUCAUUCCUUUAUCUUCUUCCUUGAACUCAAACCAAAAUCCUUCCAAAACCCUAAGAGGAAAUCCCUCUUUUAACAAAAAUUUUGAAUUCUCUAUCUCGGAAAACCCCAAUAAUGGCCCCAUUAAGAUGCCUACAGCUCCGUGGAUGAAGGCUCCUCUCCUUCUCCAACCCCGUGAAGUGUUAAACCCUUCAAAACCCACCACCAAAAAGUGCUCAAACAGAAAUGCUAAGGCACCUGACAAGGCAUUGUUUGCUAAGGAAAGUGGGGUUAGAGGGAAGAAAGUGAUGAAAAAGAUCAUUAGAAACGUGGAAAAGCUACAAAGAAAUGCUGUUUUGGAAGAUACCCAGAUUGGGAUUUGUGAAGAAUUCGAGCUGGGGAAUUGGUUGGAGGAGAUUGGAAGAGAUGGAGAAGCGAAGAAAUAUGAUGCAAAAAUGCCUUGGUUGAGAGAAGAAGAGAAAGUUAUGUUUAGGAGGAUGAAAAAGGAGAAAGUUUUGACUCAGGCUGAGAUUAGUCUUGAUGAGGAUUUGCUUGAGAGAUUGAGAAGGAAGGCUAUGAGAAUGAGGAAAUGGGUUAAGGUGAUGAAAGCUGGUGUAACUCAGGCUGUUGUUGAUGAGAUAAGGUUGGCUUGGGGGAAGAAUGAGCUUGUAAUGGUGAAAUUUGGCGUCCCUUUGUGUAGAAAUAUGGAUAGAGCAAGAGAAAUUGUUGAGAUGAAGACUGGGGGCUUGGUUGUAUGGAGCAAGAAAGAUAUUCUGGUUGUAUACAGAGGUUGGACUUGGAUACAUGGGCUGACUUCAAAAUUUUCUCUAAUGGAGUAUUCAUCAUGUUUUGCCAGUGGUCAAGAAAUAUCUUCAUCUAGAGUCAGUCACCUUACUUCAGGCAAUACUAUUAAUAUGUCUCAAGAAAAAUCUAAUCUACGUGCUUUGGGGAGAAGUUUGUAUAGAGAAGACAGAGAAAAGGAGUCUACGCCAACCAGCAUCUCUAUCAAAGGAGAUGAAAAUAACCGAACAGUUGUUGGGUCAUUGUAUGAGAGAGAAACUGAUAGAUUAUUGGAUGGUUUAGGACCUCGCUUUAUUGACUGGUGGAUGCGAGAGCCACUACCAGUUGAUGCAGACUUGCUUCCAGAAGUGGUUCCUGGAUUUAGGCCUCCAUUAAGGCUUUCUCCUCCAAACACUAGAUCAAAAUUGAAUGAAGCAGAGUUGACAUAUUUGAGAAAGCUUGCUCAUCCUUUACCUUUUCAUUUUGCUCUCGGGAGGAAUAGGAACCUUGAAGGCUUGGCUGCUAUCUUGAAAUUAUGGGAAAAAAGUCUCAUAGCAAAGAUUGCUAUAAAAUGGGGGAUUCAAAAUAUUGACAAUGAGCAAAUGGCAUAUGAUCUCAAGAAUCUCACAGGAGGAAUUUUGUUAUUACGCAAUAAGUUCCUAAUAAUAUUUUAUAGGGGUAAGGAUUUCCUUCCUCAAGGUGUUGCUAAUUUGGUAGUUGAGAGAGAAAUGGCACUCAGAAGAUGCCAACUUAAUGAAGAAGGUGCUAGAGUGAAAGUGGCUGAAACCUUUCAGGUUGAUGAUGAACCUUUGGCUAAGAGUAGCACUGUAGGAACUUUAUCAGAUUUUCAUGAUAUCCAGGCGAAAUUUGGAGACCUGGAAAAAGAAAAUAAUGAAUUUGAACUUCAAUUGGAAGCUCAAAAGGAAAACUUAGAGAGGGAAUUGAGGAACCAAGAACGCAAGCUAUCAAUUCUUAACAUAAAGAUAGAGAAGUCAGCUAAAAAGCUAGCAAAGUUGAAUUCUUCGUGGCAACCUGCUGAGCUGGAUGUGGAUCUUGAAAUAAUUGCUGAGGAGGAGAGAGAAUGCUUGCGGAAGAUAGGACUGAAACUCCAUAGUUGCUUGGUACUUGGUCGGCGUGGGGUCUUUAAUGGCGUCAUAGAAGGAGUACAUCAACAUUGGAAGCACAGAGAAGUCGUCAAGAUAAUCACAAUGCAGAGAGUGUUUGUACGAGUCAUCCAUACUGCAAAAUUGCUUGUAGCAGAGAGUGGUGGGAUUUUGGUUUCAAUUGAGAAGCUAAACGAUGGCCAUGCUAUAAUCAUAUACCGAGGAAAAAAUUAUCGACGCCCUUUGAAGCUAAUGACUGACAAUCUUCUAACUAAGAGGGAAGCAUUACAAAGGUCUAUCGAAUUGCAGAAAAUUGGAUCAUUGAAGUUUUUUGCUUACCAACGACGACAGGCAAUCUUAGAUUCGAAACUCAAACUGGCCGAGCUAAAGAAAAGAAGAGUUGGUACUCUGCAAGGGUGGCAAGCUGCUGACUAACGGAUGUUCUAUGAAUUGUGAUGUCCACUGGAAGUUUCUACUGUAAUCAAUCAUCAAUAUUAUUUGACGAUGGCUCUUGG